AUGAUAGCACGACAACGUAAUACAAAUAAUUGUAAAUUAGCAUUUUACCAACAACUUAUUAAACAGUUGAAAGAACAUAAACAAAUUCUAAUAAGUCCGAUACUUGUCGUUAUUUUAUCAUUACCAAGUUUGUUUAUAUCAUUAUUAACAACAUGCAUUAAAUCAUCAAGAAAUCCAUUGUUAUCUCUUAUUGGCUAUUUUAUUUCAUUUCUACCAUCAAUGCUUAUGUUAUUUACUUUUGUUUUAACAUCAGAUUUAUAUUUUAAACAAUUUAAAGAAUCAAUUCAAUCAUGUUUUAAACGACGGCGAUAA